AUGUACGUGUUUGCAAAAACAACUGUUCUUGCAUGUUCCCCAUCAGCUACAAGGGGAGAAAGAGAACUUUGUUUUUGUGAGUUUUUCUUUCAUGCAAACAAAUAGCAUAGCUGAUGCAAAUACAGAAGCAUAUCAUUGUAUGCUUUGGAGUACUGUGUACAUGUACCUGCAGGUGUAUUAUGAUGGUUUUGGACCAAGCAUUUUGUGAAUGUUAAGUUCAGUUCUCUCCUCCAUAUAGGUACUAGCCAUUGUCUUCUUCUAGACCAAAACAGGGAUUCAGACUUUUGACACUGCAUGCAGCUUUCAUGUACACGUCCUGUAAUGUCUUAUGGUGGACAAAUAAAAACUCAGACAAUACAAACUGUGUGGUGUGGAGUACUGAGUCCAGAAUGGAAGCUUAUGAAGCGACAUGCCAUAAACUUUGACUGAAGCGAAUCCCGGAAAGUGCAGUUACCACAAUGACUGUGCAAAGUAGGUUAUUGUUUUACCAUCAUACAUGUAAGUGUUAUUUGUCCAUAGCAAAACCUCUCCACCAUUUUCUUUGCAUCGUGGGCAAGCAACUAUCAGUCCUCUUGUGGUUUCUGUGAAAAUGCAGCCAGUCUGCAAAUCAAAUUCAUCCUUAUGAACUAUGAAAUACCUAAGGCUAAAACAUUGCAAAAUCUGAGAUGAAAUAGGUGAAUAUAUUGACAUUAAAGCCCUGAAGCUGCUGAAGGUUUCAAAUACCAGCCUGUAGCUGUGAACUUCAAGGUGAAGUGCAUAGAUCAAAAGCGGCCUCUAGCAGUUGAAUGAAGUACUGCAGCAAUAUGUUGGCUUAGUUAAUGUCAAUUUGUUCGGCCAUUAAUGGUAAGAAAGUAAAUUGUACAACAAGAAAAUGGAAUAGCCUGGAGGUUACAGUUAGGUCACGUACUUUGUAUUCUCAGCCUUCACCCUCACAGUAAAUAAUCUUGUUGACAAUAAGCGAGAGUUAAAACAGGUUCACCUGGAAGAGCAGUCAGAGUACUGGUAAAAAAACGUGAGACCAAGGCCUUAAACUGCAAUGUAAAAAGCAUCUUUAGGCCACACCAAUUUAAUUUGUGGUUCUUGGAUUCGCCAUUGUUUUUUCUGAUUUGCAAAAAACAAAUUAUGGUUCUGAAUCAACUAAAAAAUGCUCUUUAAAUAUUUUGCCCCCAACAGUUCAGGAAAGUCCCUUUCUCGCUAUUUCCUAAGGUUUUUCCACCAAUCAAUGCAAGGGUUUAAUUAAAAGUUCAAAAUUCAUUGUUUAAAUAUUUACCCAGCCUUUUAUGUUCACUUCAUAGUUUCUAUCGACCUGUUUUUAUUUUUUUUCGCCGUCACUUCAUAUUAUUUAUAAAAAAAAUCAGAGAACCAACAAAUUAAAUUGAUGACUGUGGUCUUACUGCAACAGUUAUAAGAAGUUAAAUAAUGUAAUAAUAUUACAAUGAAAACACCAUUUUUGUACCAAUGGAAUAGCAUUGAGGUUACUGCUAGGUCAUGUACUUUGUUCUCUCAGCCUUCACCUUCAGCUCUGUCACGGUAAACAACAAGCUAGAGUUACAUGUAAAACAGGUUCACCUGGAAGAGCAGUAAGAAUACUGGGAAAUGACCAAAAAAUGUGAGACCAAGGCCUUAAACUGCUAAGUCAAAAGCAUCUUUACUGCAACAGUUAUGAGAAAUAAUAACAUUACAAUGAAAACACCAUUUUUGUACCAAUGGAACAGCCUGGAGGUUACUGCUCUGUCAUUGCAUGUACUUUGUACUCUCAGCCUUCACCUUCACGGAACCCCCCCCCCCCCCAGGACUGGAACAGUGGCACGGCCCAGAACAGCCUAUCAUAGGCUCUUUUGGGCCGCGGCACUGACCCUGUCUCGGAAGGGUGCGAUAAGUGAUCUUGUUGACAGAAAGCUAUAGUUAAAACAGGUUCACCUGGGAGAGAAGUCAGAAUACUGGCAUGAUGUCUGCUUUGAAGCUCCUUGCCACAGUGAUUCGUGACUACACGAACUUAACUACAGUUUUCCUGGCUGUGUUUGUGUUUGUGGUGUUGUACAAGUUGUUCCAGAAGCCCCAAAACCUCCCCCCUGGACCUCGCCCAUGGCCACUCAUAGGAAACCUGUUGACUCUGAGUCAGGACUCGGCACACUUACAGUAUGUGAAGUGGGCCCAGCAGUAUGGUGCUGUCUUCAUUGUCUACUACGGUCCUUUUGCUACUGUUGUUAUCAAUGGCAUGGACAACAUCCAAGAGGCUCUGGUCAACAUGCCAGAUAUCUUUUCUGAUCGACCUGGACCUAAAAGGGAUCGAGGCAUUAUAUUUGCUCAUUAUGGUCCUGUCUGGAAGGAACAGCGGAAGUUCACCAUGUCAGGCCUGCGUGAUUUUGGCUUUGGAAAGCGAAGCUUGGAGGGCAAAAUCCUGGAGGAAGCAGAAGCCCUCAGUAGGGGCAUUAUCAGGACUGAUGGUAAACCAUUCGACAUCAGCAGCAUGUUACAGAAGGCGGUGACCAAUGUCAUCUGCUCCAUCACGUUUGGGGCGAGGCACGAUUACGAAGACAGCGACUUCCAGAGUUUCCUGGAGACCAUUGACACCAGGUUCAGAACCUCGAUCAUCAUCAAUAUAUUCUCACCUGUUCUCCGCCAUCUGCCUAUUCUCGGCAAAUCUGCACAAAAUUAUCACGAGAGCACCGAAAGGUGUAUGCAAUUUGUAAAGAUGAAGACUGACGAACAUCACAGAGACUUUGAUUCAAACGACAUCCGAGACUUUGUGGACAUCUACGUGAAGGAAAUAAAGCAUGGACAAAAUGAGAACUUCACAGACGCACAGCUGCAUAAAAUCAUUGAUGAUCUGAUAGCGGCUGGAACUGACACGACAUCCCAGAGUCUGUACUGGAUCCUCCUCUACAUGGUGAUCUACCCGGAUAUACAAAAACGAGCUCAGCAGGAAAUCUCCCGUGUGUUCGGAGACAGCGCUUCUCCCACCACAGCCAAACGUACUGAGCUGCCUUUCACAGAGGCGGUCAUUUCUGAAGUAAUGCGGAUCAACCCUGUGACACCCCUUACAGUUCCUCACUGUACGUCAAGUGAUACCACCAUUCAAGGGUACGACAUUCCCAGAGGCACUACAGUGUAUGUGAACCUGUGGUCAGUCCUGAGGGACCCCAGCCUGUGGGAAGAACCAGACCAGUUCAAACCGGAACGUUUCCUGGACAACCAAGGACAGUACAUGAAGAAAGAUGCCUUCAUACCAUUCUCAAUUGGCCGUCGAUCCUGCCUUGGUGCUCAGCUGGCUAAGAUGGAACUGUUCCUGAUUACUGCAUAUCUGCUGCAGCACUUCACCUUCAAACUGCCAGAGGGAGCACCUCCACCAUCAACUGUUGGGAAGCUCGGACUAACCAACGGACCCAGGCCGUAUGAACUCUGUGCCAUUCCAAAGUAGGACAGCCUGCAGCUUAACAAAGCU